AUGCGGCUCUCGCUCCCUCAGUACAAGUACAAGAAGUUCUUCAUGCAGGCCCUACCUUACCUUACUCUAGUAAUAACAACUUAUAAACCUUAUAAAAGCUACCUAUUUUACUAUAUAUUAAUAAAAGCUUUAAAAAAUAACUUUAAUAAUAAUAAUAAGAAAGUUAAAGCUUAA